UCGAAUAGGAAAUAGGGACAGCGCCUGGUGGUGGUCCUCACCUUUCUCUCGCGGCCGUCUCCCUCUCUCAUUGCUUGUCUCUCGCUUCUGCUCUGACGCCUUUACCUUCCGUCCGUCCUUCCUUCCUUCCUCUCCGUGUCCCCCAAAACAAGCCGACGGCGACCCGUUCCUACCCGACAAACUUACCCACCUCAUCGAUUCCUCCUUCGUCCUUCCCGCUUCCCUAUCUUCCCGUAAAAUUCUCAUCCGUCACCGGCUGUUCCCGGUGCCCCGCGCCAUCCUCUCCUCGACCUAACCACCAAUAAAUUCACUCCCGUCCCUCCGUCCCGCCUUCCCCGUCAACCCACAACGCGCCCACUGAACCAACGGCGGUGAUGCGUCGUCGCCCCCAUGGACCCCGCCUUUUCGCACCCCAAUCAGCGCGAGAACGUCGGCGCACGCGUCUACCGGCGACUUCCGCUCUCGUGCUCUUCACGUGCCUCCCUUCCCUCGCCAGCCGGCGACCCUCCCUUCCUCGCCGCUCCCCCACCUUCUUUUAUUCCUCUUUCUCUCUCUGUCUCUUUCCGUCAACAACACGGCAACCGAAUAAGAAGGGCGAACAUCAAGGAGAGAGAGAGAGAGAGAGGCGAUUGAAUCGGAGACGGAUCUCUGGGAGUUUGCGGUAGAUCGAUCUGAUGGAGAGGAAGGAAGGGGGGCCGUAUCGGCCGCCGAACCCGGCCUUGCCCUACCGGGAGGAUUGCUGGAGCGAGGGGGAGACGUCGGCGUUGGUGGACGCCUGGGGCGACCGCUACCUCGACCUCAACCGCGGCAACCUCCGCCAGAAGCACUGGCAGGAGGUCGCCGAUGCUGUCAACUCCCGCCGCGGAGCCGCCGGACGCCGCCCGCCUCGCACCGACGUCCAGUGCAAGAACCGCAUCGAUACCCUCAAGAAAAAGUACAAGAUCGAGAAGGGAAGGAUCGCAUCCGGCUCGGUUGCGGCCGUCAGCCAGUGGCCUUUCUUCUCACGUCUUGAUACCCUCAUCGGAUCGUCCGUCGCCGCCGUCCCCACUGCACACUCGGUGAAGAAGCGCGCUUUGUCGCCCCCUCUUGCUUUGGCGCUCCCAUACCACCGAAAGGGCGCGCCUUUGCCUGUCGCGACAUCCUUACUGCCGUUUGAUUGGAAGGAAAAACGCCCAACAGCCGCCGCCCUUGCUGUCGAUGACUCAAUCUUCUGGCGGGCGGCGGCGGCGGCGGCAGCGGCAGAGGAGGAUGAUGAUGAGGAGGAAGAGGAAGCGGAGGAGGAUGUUGGGUCGCCAUCCGGGUCUUCAGAAAGAAGAUGCAAGAGGGCUUUGGAGAGGGAGGGAAACGAGAUCCGUGAGCUUGCUAGGGCGAUAGAGAGAUUUUCUGAUAUAUACGAGAAUGUUGAGGUGGCGAAGCAGCAGCAGAUGAUGGAAAUGGAGAAGCAGAGAAUGGAGUUCGACAAGGAGCUAGAGUUCCAGAGGAUGCAGAUGUUUGUGGAUUUACAAGUUCAGCUGGCCAAGAUUAAGCGCACCAAGUGAUCUGAUACUGGUAAGCCAAAAUCGCACUUUUCUUUAUGUGGCUUUGAAAUGCCGUUAUUAUUGAUAGUACCAAUGAAGAACAUAUUACCUCCAUUCCAAUUAAGUUAUUUCCCUUUUAUUUUUUUACAUUUAAAUAUGUUGAGCUGCGGAUAAGAUUGAUGUUGAUAUGUUAUGGAAAUGAGACAAUUUGAUGCAUACCAAGGUGUUCAUGCUGCCAAAUAUGCUUUUAGGAAAGGUGGUUUACAUGUAGAAAUAACUCAAUUAAUUACGUCACUACUUGGAUGCAUGUUCAAUCUAUCCUACCCUCGUCCGAGUGGAGGUGUUUCUGUUUUUAUUUAUUUAUUGUUCGGCAUCAUCAUCAGAACCAUCGAAUUAUAAGAUAGCUGUAGUUGGUUUGGUAAUUUAACUUGAGACAGAUGUUUGUCUGCACCACCCAGUAGAAGUGACUUUUCCUUUUGUUAAACAUAAUUUGCUGAACUAGAUUCUGUCUCGUGAAAGUUUUUCGUGAUUUCAAUAGUAUCUUUUUUGUUGCCUAA